GUAAAUCAUUGCAUUACAAAAAUUUCAGUUUUUUAUAGAAAAGCUUAAUCUCUAAUUUAAAGAGAACAUUAAUUAGUGGGACGGAAAUAACUUGGGAUCAUUUAAGCGACUAGCAAAAUAACAUCGAUGGUUAGUUUACAAAGAAGGGAGAAAAUUGUUGGUUUCACACUUCUUUUAUCUGUACUAGAAGUGUAACUUCUUUUUAUAAUAAGUUUUAUUUUAUAGUACAUCUAAAUUAUUAGAACCGAGAAUUAUUAUUAGUCAAUGUGUCUGCUUUCACUUCCCCUAAUUGUAUCAUUUGGUACUUUUUUUUUUCAUUUGCUUUUGCGUGUGUGACGAAUUUAUGUAGAGUAAGUUCACAUAAAUAGAAAUUUACAUAAAAACUUUUUGAGCAAUUUCUCAUCUUACUUUACUUUUCUUCUUUUUAAGAGAGAGAAACUAGGGUUUUUUCUUCUUCAUUUUUCUGGUCAAAGUUCUAAUUCUUUCAGCCCUGGCUUUGGUUUCUUGACGAAGAUUUUGAAGAAAUGGGAAGGGGAAGGGUUCAGCUACGGCGGAUCGAGAACAAGAUAAGGAGACAAGUGACAUUUUCAAAGAGAAGAACGGGUUUGGUGAAGAAAGCUCAAGAGAUCUCAGUGUUAUGUGAUGCUGAUGUUGCUUUGAUUGUCUUCUCCCCUAAAGGCAAGCUCUCUGAGUACUCUGCUGGUUCCAGCAUGGAGAGAAUUCUCGAACGGUAUGAGAGAUGUUCAUACGCCGGUCAAGAUAUUACUACACCAAGUUUGAAUUCACAGGGUGAGUGUUCAACAGAAUGUUCGAAGCUUUUGAGGAUGGUUGAUGUUAUGCAAAGAAGCCUAAGGCACUUAAAUGGAGAAGAGGUGGAUGCUCUAAGUAUCAGAGAGCUUCAGGAUCUGGAGAUGCAACUUGAUACUUCCCUCAAGAGAACUCGCUCUAGAAAGAACCAGCUCAUGGUAGAGUCCAUAGCACAGCUCAAGAAAAAGGAAAAGGAACUCAAAGAACUGAAGAAACAGCUAACAAAGAAGGCUGAUCCAAGAGAAGACUCUGAGCCCCAAACCCUCAACCAAGGAUUAGCCUCAUUGGCAACGCCACCAUGCGAGCCACCGCACCCGUUUCCUGGACCUUUAUCUCCCCAUCGUCCUCUAUCUCUUGGGUACUCUACAUAUUAAUUUCACUUGGCUACGCAUAUAUGAAAAAUACCAACUAUAAUGUGUUACUAUUGAUUAAUAAUAAGAGUAAGUUGAUGUUACUAAUAAACAUCACAAAUUUAUAACUUGUAUCCAGUAUUUGCGUACGUAGCUACUAGCAAAUUGUGUAUCAGUUAUAUGGAAUGAAUUAAUAUUGUUACUUAUAGGGACACAUCGCAAAGGAACGAAGAUGGAGAAGUAGAUGCCGGAACCCUAAUUAGGCUGACAAAUACAACGUUGCCGCACUGGAUGCCCCGGCUCACUGGAGAAUAGAGGUCCCAAGUCCAUCUUGGGUUGUUAAAUUUUCAGUACGUACUUAAUAAGUUGAACCAAGCCAAAUAUCAGGAUAUUCUGUUUUGGCAUUCUUAUUAUCUGCAGAAGAUGUCCUCAAGUUUCAAGCUUCUAAACGAAUAUUAUAACUUUUUUUUUAUCUCAAAUGUGAUACUGUAUAUUUUAUUAAUGAUUGUACCUUACAUUUUGUGAGCAACAUCCAGUAUUGUGGGUUUGACUUUGUUGUGUAGUAAACUAACACAAAAAUAACCGUUAUAUAUAUGCUAUAUAUGUCUUUGUUAAUAUUUUGUAAAUUCUUUUAUUUAUGUAAACACAACGGGAGAAACGAAAGAGAAAGCUAGCAGAGGUGAGCUUCAAGGAUGAGUAGAAUUAUGAAUUAGAUUCUUUAAUUAGUGGAAACUUUUUUUUAUCUAGUCGUUCAACCAAAAGUUUAUUAAUGCUUUUAUAUUAAGAAAUUACAAUAAGAAAUUUAGAUUUUCACUCUCAUAAAAAAUACUUUAUUAACAAUUAUGUAAAUAAAUAAACAGAAAAUUCAUACGAAAUUUGCAAAAUGGUGCAAAUAGAAUUAUCGAUAUUUUUAUAAAGCAUGUGAACAAAAACGUUAAACAUAAAACUUUCGUAAGGCAUGUAUAUAAGUUAACCGGAGAUUGUAAAACCGUGUAAAUAAAACCGUUAAACAUAAGUUUUUAUAAAGCAUGUAGAAUUAUUAGUUGCAUCAUCGUUUAUGUAAUCAUUUUAUAAUUUGUAAAUAAUAAGUUACUGUUAAAAAUCUUAGAUUAACCUAAAACCCCAAAAGAAUAUGGUGGUCUAGUGAUACUACUAUAAAGAGUUUGGUUAUUUUGCACACCGGUUUAAACCUUCUCAUGGGGGGGUGGUGGUUAGCAGCGGUUCGGUUUGCUUUGAGCUGGGGAAAUAGAUCGUCUCUCAGUAAUAAUACCCCUGCAUUUGUUUCGAAAUUCAAAUUUGACCCCACAUGUUUUUUCCGUCUCAUAUGAUAAAUCAAAUUAUCAAUCGAUCACCCACUUACUAAACC